GUGGCGGCAUUGCACCGUAAUGUUGUUUACGCGUCGAAACAACAAGAAGAAGAUUUGUAUCCGGAAGUUAUUUUCGGAGCUUCGCAAGACAAAUGUAAAAUUGAAUUUCACUCUUUUGCCCAGACGUUUCCAACACUGAAAAUGGUGCGGAAUGGCAAAGGCUCCCCGCGUCCUCCAGCCUCCUUACAGCUGCUGGUUCCUCCUGUGAGGCUCAUGUCUGCCUUCGUGUGGAAGGCAGUGCAGCAGGACAGUGCCAUGCAGUACGAGAAGCUGCUGGACUUCAUCGAUCUGGUGACAGAGGUCGUGCCGGAGCUUCUCAGUCCCAGUCAGAAGUGUCAGCUGGUCCUAGGCCUCAGAGCAAGGUUUGUUCUGGAGCUGUGUCGGGGCAAUGGUGUCACAAACCUCAAGAGUAUCCAAGGCCACCUGGAUAAAAUUCACACCUGCUGCCUGGAACUGAGCACCAGUGAACACAUGGAAAGCUCUGAUAUUCUGAAGACCUCCUACAGUAACUUUGCAAACCUGGUACAGAACAUUCUGAAUGUUCCUUUGGAAAAGGAAGUCUUCUUCCAAGAUGUUUUUCCUGAACACUACGGAUCUGCCUUCAACCAGCGCGUCCAACAGCUUGUGUCUUUGCUCCUAACAAGACUGGAGCAGCUGCUGCCCAUACCGGACCUGCAGCAGACUGCAAAUUGGCUCAAUGAAUCAUCUGCUUCAGAAGACCUUGGGCAUCAUCUGUCAGAACCUUUCUCUCUGAAGACUCUGCUGCUGCAUCAUAGAGAGUUGGGGACUCUCAGUUCAGCUUCUUCAAGCACUGAAGAGGAUGUAAUUUUAUCCACGUUGGCCCUCUCUACUCAAACCGAUCAGUUCAGUGAGGAGGAUGAGGACGACGAUGAUAAAUUUGAGAGCGAUGAAGACCCGCUAGCGCUGGAGGAUUUGGAGGAAGAUUCAAAUCAGAGUCUAGAUGACACGUCAGAAGACUGGGUGCCAAAAAAUAAAUCAGGUUCUCUCUCUCGAUUAUUUAUUUGUACCAAGGGUCCAGGCACGCAGCAUAUACAGCGGACGGCUCGAAAGAACAUCCAACGUGAGCAGCGCUGGACAGCUCCUGUUCAGAGCACCAAAGCAGUAAAAAAAGGCAACAAAAAUCAACUAAAAAGCCAAGAAAUGAAGAGUAAAAACAAGAAACCAGAAGACAACUUAAAGAAUCAGCAGAGAGCCAAACAGAAAGACAGUGUUGACAAAAAGGGGGAACAUGAUCAGAAGAAGGAUGGGCUGAAAAACAAAAGUCGACGGAAACGGAAAGAGCCCACUGGGGAAGAUAAAAGGUUUCUAAGUACGCGACCUGUAAAAAAAAUCUUCACGGAAGAAGAAACAAAAUGCUUAACGUGUGAGAAAACAUUUGAACAUCCUAAUCAGCUGAAGACACAUGUGAAACUCCACUCCUUUCGCUAUAGCUGCAUUCAGUGUGAGAAAGGGUUUACAAGCCAGUCUGGAUAUUAUCACCAUCAGAGACUUCACAAAAGAGGGCGAGAAUUCAAGUGUAAGGAGUGCAACAAGGGGUUCUUGUGCAGCUAUUCUCUCAAGCAGCAUGAACGCCUGCACGAUGGUCCCACCAACUUUUGCGCCAUCUGUGGAAGAAACUUCAGCAAAAACGGCUUCAUAAGACACAUGCAGAUGCACAGAGGGGAAAGAAAUUUCCUGUGCACAACCUGCGGAAAGGCGUUUCUGUCCUCUGGGGAGCUGCGGCUGCACAAUCGUUCUCACACAGGUGAGAUGCCAUACACCUGCGUCCAUUGCGGGAAGGGCUUCUCCAGCAAGGGUCACCUAGUCGUCCACACACGCUCCCACACGGGGGAGCGUCCAUACCUGUGUGCAGAGUGCCCCAAACGUUUUCUUACCCUGAACUGCCUCAAGAGGCACUCCCUCAGCCACAAUGGGGUUAAGCCUUUCAAAUGUCCAAACUGUGACCGAGAAUUUUCCCAGCAGGGGAAUAUGAAAAGACACAUGGCAACUCAUAAACCUGACUGUUAGUGGUUUGAUUUAGGUCACACAAAAAACUUUAACCUAUGCUUUUCAAGAUCCUUUGACAGUGAGUUAAUCACUGUGUUAGUAAUGUCAAUGUUCACUUUGGUUUCUUUGCUUUGAAUCCUAUUGUGAAACUUAUUAAAAUACAUUUACUAUUU